CGCUGGCAACGCCACCGCCGUCCCUUCCACCAACACUCCGCACUACCCCACGUGUCUGUCCGUGAUCGACAUUAUCGGAGGCAUAUCGGUGGUACACGCUGCACCAGUUGUACCUACUCCAGUGUCCUGUGACGAUCGGUUCGACAAUUCGACCGGACAGUGCGCGAUCUUCGGCCACCCAUCCUGCAACCCACUAUUCUCGGGCAACGAUCAACGAGACAACUGCGUCAACUAUAUUAUAAUAUUAUACUCGACGGAGCCGACUUCGCUUCAACCGCAGCAGGUCAUACAACAACCACUCGAACAUCAUCAUUUGACUUUUGGACGACGAAAGCCAUGAGCGUGCCAAUGGAAUUGGACGAAUCCGCGGCGGAAGCGGUACCGCUGGACUUGACCGUGAAAAAAGAGAACAGCGUCUCGGAGGCAGAGGCGGGACGCGAUGGACCGGAAAAAUUGACGGAGGACGCGCCGCCACAGUCGAACGCUCAGAACGGCGGUAAAUCGACGCCGCUGGACUUGAGCGCCGGAAGAGCGUUGCCGUUGCAGCCGCCGCCGCAACCUCAACGUGCCACCGUGGUGGUGCUGUCGCCUAAGGUGCAGGUCAAAUCGUCACCGCCGCCGUCACCGCCGCCGUCGAAGCCGCAGCCGCAAUGCAAGGCCUACUGGGCGCCGGACUCGUCGUCGUCCAUGAUGGCCGCGGAACACUUGGCGCCACUGCACGGAAUGUACGCCGACGCGGCCGCUUACCGGCACAUGAUCUCGUCCGCGGCUGUCCCCGAAUACAACCCGUUCCUGCCUGUUCUUCCGACGUCCGCGGCCACUCAGUUUCACCAUCACAGCCACAUCCAACAUCAGCAGCAGCAUCUGCACCUCCAGCAGCAGCAUCAGCUCCAUCUUCAGCAGCAGCUCCAGUUGCAGCUUCAAAUGCAGCAACAGCAACAACACCACCAGGAACAGCAGCAGAAGCUCCACAAGCAAAAGCUCCAGCUGCAGGCCGCGUACGGCGCUCUCCCGUUGGACCCCUCGUUGAUGUUGUCCGGCAGCCCAGGGUACGCGGCAACGUUGUCGCCGUCCUCGUCCGAGUCCAACCACUUCCCGUUCGGCGGAUUCGACUGCAGCUAUUCCAAGUCAGCCUACGGUUUCGGAAACAGUUAUCCUUACUAUGACAGGAUGCUAGACGGCAGAGUGACCGGUGGGGCGUAUGGAGGCGUAGACAUUAGCGCCGACCGAUCUGAUUGUCCGUCGCCCGAGUCGACAACCACGUGCACUACGACUACUGACGACCCUCACCACUUCCAUCAGCUACACCGCCAGCAGCAACAGCACCGGGAACUAGACCGAGAGCACCGUCACCGCAUCAAUGCGUGCGCAAUGGACGACAUGGACGUCGUGGAUCCGGAGGAAGUGGCUGCCAUAUACAGACAAUCGGACUUCUUGUCGUUCCGUCACCGGUACAUGGAGAGCUUGGGGCCGCCGAGGAACUUUGAGAAAAUGAGACGGUCCGGGAACAACAACAACAACAACAACAACAACAGCAACAGCAACGAUGACGACCAUCGCCGGCUGGCGCACGAGCAGCAACAGCAGUACGACCAGACGUACGUCAUGAAGCGGCAGAAGAACAACGAGGCAGCCAAACGGUCGCGGGACGCCAAGCGGCAGAAGUACAUCGAGAACCAAAUCAGCGUCAUGUACCUGACCAAGAAGGUGAGUGAGAUGAAGGACAUCAAGAGAAGGCUGCUAAAGGCCAACAGUAAUAUACUCGCUGAGUAGGCACUAAAAGCUGACAUGUGUACAUAAAAUAUUGUAUUAUUAUUAUUAUAAAUGUAAGCUCUGCAGUGCUAUCUAGCUGUAUGCUUUCGACGACGACGGAUGCGACUUUUGUGUUUUCCAGGAUCAAUUUUCAAACCAUAUAUUUCGUAUUAACUGUUUACCUUAAAUUGUCUAUAAGCAAAUAGUAUUUUCACUGUAACGCUCUUCUGGGUCGCAGUUUCGGGUAAGAAAAAUAAAACCAUGAAUAGCCGAAGAUUCAAAUUUAAUUAUAUUCAAUGAAUUUGACAAUACCAAGAAAACUUAGGUCAACAUUCGUUCUCAAAAUAUAGUUAAACUUUUCUCGUAACAUCAAAAAUAACACACAGUAACAUUGUAUUUUUUAGCAUUGACAAUAAUUCAACAAUAUAUGUAAAGUUAUUGAUAUUUAUUAAUUUUAAAUUAUAGCUAAAAUUUGUAUAAAUUCGUAUCCAAGUAUCAGUUAUUUGGAAUUUUUUUUGCCUACCACUAAUUUGAAGAUCGUCGGAGAUCGUAAAAUAUGCUUUUAUAAAGGGGAAGAGAAUUUUUUUCUAUCACAAAAAAACUAUUUACUGCUGAUUUUACAUGUCCAUUUGGAUAAGUCUGCCGACUUAAACUAUUAUGUAUACAGCUUCACGGACGUUAAUGAAACGUAUAAAAGCUUAAGCGAGUGUAAGAUACCUAUCAAUUUGUGUGUAUGUUAGUGUGUUUUUAGUUCUUACGACAAUAUUGCGUGGUACCUAUCCACCGCCUUUUCACUAUGAAAAUUUAAACUUACUUUAAACUUAAGCCACGAUAUUUCCAAUCGAAAACUUUUAUUCCGUUCGAAAAUACCGAAGUUGACUGAAUGACUCCGCGACUCCAGAGGUGUGAGAAAAUAAAAUAAUUGUAUAUUAAUGGAUAAUAAUAUGUUGUGAUUUGUGUUAACUCAUUCAUAGCAGCCGGGUUGUCAAAACAUCAGUCUCGCGGUCGUAAUGUCUUGAAACAAUUUUACUGUGCCAAGUGAUACAGGUAUAAUAUAUAGCGAAAUAAUAAAUGUUCUAAAUAUAUUACCAUAAUAAUAUAUACAUGAGAUGUUGAGACUGAUGUUUUGUCACAAUAUGUGGACGUAUUUUAUUUUCAAUUUUUUUUCGCCAUCUAGAUUUAAAAAAGAACUGUCACUUGUUUGUAAUUGA